GGAAGUCGGAAAUGAAAUAAAAUAAGUGUUGCCAUCAGUGCAAACAACAAACCACAAGCACUAGGGCAGGGGAAAGUCUCACAGACUAUAAAAUGUUGAAAUUUAAUGUUAUUUUUGCUUUUGCACUAAUUAAUUCGGUCUACGCUCAAGGUAAAUUUUAUAUGACCAAUACUUUAUAUGAUUUUAUUCCUCCUGGAGAUGAUUGUGUUCUUAGCGAUUAAUAAAGUAAGACUAAGAAUAAGAAAAGUUAAAUAAGUUGAAUUUGUUAGGCUAAUUUAGUUGUAGGAAGUGGUGCCGAGUGCUCGUAUCCGUGAUAUGUCAUUAGUGCUGUGAGCUUUUCGCAACUUAAUAAGGUAACCUACCACUUGAGCAUCUGCUAUUUAAAAAUCCUGUUGUUCCGGUUUAAAGUGCUUUAUAAAAAAUAACAAUUCUGUUCAUAUGACAUGACAGACAAAAAAUGACAUUGAAUUGUAAUUGUAAUUGUAGAUAUUCAUUUCAGCACAUAUAGAUAAUAGUACUAAACUAAUACCAAAUAAAAAUACUUCAAAACAACUUUUUUUAAAAUUUGAAAAACUAGAAAAUUUAAAAAAAAAAAGAAUUUAAAAAAUUAGGGGGUAAUCCACCACUUGAGCUUCGCCAAGGAAAAAUCCAGUUGUUGUGGUUUGAAGGGCUAUUUAAACAACUAUUCUUAUACUUACAUUGUUUUUUAUGACAUUGAACAUAGUCAUUCCAGCAUGUUUGUAAUACAAAUAACUCAAGACAAUUUUUUAAAUGAAAAAUCCAAAACAAUUUAAUUUCAAAAAAAAAAUUUAAAAAAAAAUUAAAAUAAAAGAAUUUAAACAAUUUAAUGUGUGAAAAUGAAAUUAUGCAUAGUCCUCCCACCAAGGUGACAAUAAAGUUUUUAAAAAUAUCAUUUCCACGAAAGCGGUUGCAGAACAUGAAUACAUGUAAAUAUGAAGGGAAAAGAUCACAAUCACAGCUUGUGCCAAACUGUCUUUUGAGUUUGGGCUUUGCGCGCAUCCACAUGUUUUCCACAUUCUGUGUGUGGGCAGCAGCAUCAUCUGGAUCAACAAAAUUUUGUUGAUGCACUACAACUUAGUGUUCAUAUAUACCAUGUCUUAUUUGGUUUAUAUUAACAUAUGCCGGCCAACAGUCAGAUACAAUAAGUGAUCCAGACAGUAUAAAUAUUUCGAUGCACUCUUGUAAUUUUGUUGCAUGUUGGUCUGGCACUUCGAUAAGAAAACUCUCUCUUUCCACGCCACCGAAAACCCAGUGACCCUCUCUCCACUGUCCACGGUGGUAUUUUCUGUGGAAAUAUUUUGAUAGUUGAAACCCCCAAUUUCAGAUGCAUUCGUUCGCAGCCAGUCAGGUUUCGCACUCCUCCCCCAUAAAAUUACACCAGUCCGACACAUUAGUGCCAUUUGAGACAUCAGCCUCCCGUGCCAUCUGCAACUGUGGCGUAUCACAACACCAGCAAUAAACUAAAAUAAUAAUUUGCUGGAUGCUGAGGUGACUUCCUGCAAAAAAAAAAAGCCUUCCUGUAGUGACUUUGUGUAAUUGCAUGCAGCGCAGGCCCACCUGAGACCGCCCUAUCCUUGAUUGUAACUGUUUAACCUGCACAGCCCAUUGCAGACACCACAUUUCAUACUGUUUUUAACAGGUGUCGACGCACACUCCAUCGUAAUGCUGAGUUAGGGUCUGACAAAUUCAGCAGUAGUGUGGACAACCGCCAUACUUCUUCGUUUCGUAUCUGAUCAGUAUCAAACACUUCGUGCAUCUGCACUAUUGUAGUCUCUCCUUUUUUUCUUCCUGCCAUAUCGGUAGCUUAAUAGUGAUAAUUAUUUAAAUGAAUUGUGCUAAAUAACUUUAUACGGAAGUGGAACCAUUAACGGAGACCAAUAUAAGAAUAGUUGUUAUUAGCCCUUGAAACUGGAACAACUUGAUUUUUUCUUGGCCGACGCUCAAGUGGUAGAUUACCCAAAUUGGAUCUACAAUAUUAUUUUGAUGCACCACAAUGGAGUGUUCGUUUUUUCCAUAUCUGAUUUGUUUUAUAUUGGCGUAAGCCACCCACCCGUCUGAUACAGAAUCAGUGAGCCUGGAGGGAUAUAUCUUUCUAUAUUUUAUACACUCUUGUAACGUGAUUGCAUGUGGGCCUAAUACUUCAAUGAGAAAACAUCGCCCACUCUCUCUUUCUACACCACAGAAAACCCAGUGACCUUCUCUCUACUGUGCACAAUGAUAUUUUUUAUGGAACUAUCACUUGUUUAAAUAGCACUUCAAACCUGAACAACUUGAUUUAAUUUUUAAAAAUAACAAAAACUCUUUAGUUGGCUAAAAAUGGCAUCCCUCCAUAUAAAGAAAAGGGUGAUGCCUGUGGUGGACAGCCUCCUUCCUCCACUAAUAGAAUAACUUUUUCUUGGCAGUUGCGAAUCAUCUCAUACUCAUUGUAGACAAAAAAGUUGUUUAAAUGGUCUGUAGCUGGUUAGUUCUGAUUCAAUAAGAGCGACUUAUUUAGGUGACAUCUUAGUUGACUCUGAUUUUUGCUGAGUAAAAUGAGACACAGUGUUAGUGAUUUUAUCUAAUUCGAAGGUCUCGUUUUGCUUUAAUAGUAAUCUGUUGUUCUUGUGAUCACUUCCCCAUUGCCAUACAUUUCAUUACUUUCCCGCAUUUCGCUUGUUUGUAAAUCACAAACUAUUUAUUAACAAUGAAAUUGUCACAAAUUAAAAGAAAAAUUGACACUUUUAUUAAUACUUCUAACAAAACAUUGUUCCACAUAACCCCCACCCCCCACACGAAACGGUACUGGAUGCAGGAUGGUGCAAAGGAAAAACGGCGCCCCGGGCGAAGCCUGAAACUUUAACCCCUGGCAUAUAGAAAAUGCGCCCCCUGAUAUUGACGCCCCCUUGCGAGUACCACGUUUACCUGAUAAUUAUAAUAUUGAUAUGAUAAUGGAAAGUUAUGGAGUCAUACUUACCCAAGCAUUCCAUGAUGAUAAUAUUUAAUUUUUAGCGUCAUAACUAAAUUCAAUACAAAGAGGCUUAGCCUACUUUGAAUUUUUUUAAAAUCUUGGUAAUAACUUAUGUCAUUAUUUAAAGGCAUGGGGCUUUUUAUCAUUUAAAUACUCAAUAUUGUCUCUCUAUACCUACACAAAAACCAUUUAACAAAUUGUAAUGAAGUGUGUCUGGACCAAUAAAGUGUUAACUUGAAAUUCAAAUGCCCCAGAACUCAAACAGCUUGGAAUCUUAAAGCUGAUUUGAAAUCCAUAUGCCCACCACCUUGUUAAUGUGUUUUGUGCAUAUGUUUCUCCAGUGCUUCAGCCACCUAUACACUUUAUCGUUUAGUUGUUGGAAGUUUUAAGGUGUCUUCUUGUGUGAUUUUCACUGCUUUUUUGCCUUUGCUGUUUUAUUAUUUUAUAUUAAAACAGAGUAUGUAUUUGCCAUGGGUCCUAAAAAGUGCAGUGAGGUAAAUAAAAGUAAGGGAAGAAUUGAAGUUAAAGAAGAUCUUAUUGCUAACUAUGAAAGCGGUUGUUACUGUUAUGUUUUGUAUACCUAAAUCUACUGUUUUUUAUAAUUUUGAAAAAUAAAGAAGCUGUUAAAGUAGCUGAUGAGACAAAAGGAGUUACAACAUGACCUCUAGAAGAUUGAAGAGAUGGAAAAAACUUGUUUGGAUUAAUGAAAAACAUCUGGCUGGUGAUGUGAUUUCUUUGGCAAUAAUUUGUCAGAAAGCCAAGGUCCUCCGAUGAAUUAGUGAAAGGCAUACCUGACACUAGUGUUCAAAAGGUGUUUAAUGCCAGGAGGGGGUAGUUCAAUUACUUGAAGAAAAGGAUUGGGAUCUAUGAAGUUUAUGGGACCCAGGACCACAUUAUUCCAGUUUCUAUUAUUUUAAAGGGGAAACAUUGUCUUGGAAGUUGAACAGGGUUCUGGAACAGAAUAAUUUUGGACUCCAAGGUACCAGUGUAGUCUAUGGAAAGAAAAGACAUGAUCAUUGUCAUUUUCAGUAAAAAAAUAAAAUAUUUAUUAAUAGACCUAUUCCUUAUUAUUGUAUUAUGCUUGCGUUGAGUUUAUCCCUGUUUUUAGUCAACCCUGGGAGAGGAAAUAACAAAUAAAUAAUAAAAUACAAUCACUGGUUAAAUACUUUUUACUAACCCUGCUAAAAUACCAUAUUAAUCUAUGCAUAUGAUACUAUGUAUGCUGGUUUUAUGUGACUAAUAGUUCACUUUUGAAUUGACUGUAUUGUGCGUGUGCCCCCCCCCCCCCCCCCCAAUUCAUUUCCUCAACAGCCAUCACAUGCUCCCAUUGUGUGAAGGUCCAGACACUUUAGGUGUCAAAACAAAGUACUCAGUUGAAAUGAGUCAUCACAAUAUUAAGGCUUGUUAAUGGCUGAUUAAAUUAGUUCUCCUUGUAUUUUUCCAUCUGAAUUGUUCAAAUAGAAACAUUAAAAAAAAUUUUCUCUGCCUGAAAUCUUGCCAGAGUAAUAAAAAAUAAAGCAGAAAUAUAAGUAAGCAUGGUGGCAUGAAUCACUGAGAUACUGAUGAUGCAAUGAAUGAUUGUGUAAAUGGGAUCUCAAGAUAACUACCCUUUAAUAUUGUUUUUCCAACCCAGUUAAGCUAUUAUAGACAAACUAAUAACAAUGACAUUCAGAUUUAUUUUAGCCAUAGGAAAAUCUUUUGUUUGUUUCUUGAAAUAGUACUGCACGCACGUCAUCUUCUUGAAAAGUUUUACAAGAGGAAGAUAAGCUUGCCUAUCAUGAUAAUUUAAUUUACCAUUGCUGUCUGCCGUUAAUGCUUAAAACAGUGUCUUUGUUGGUACAGAAGAGGGACCCUUGAAUCCACUUGAACUGUUAAGUGUUUAAAUAGCUCAGCAAUAAAUUUCUGAUAUGUUUUUGAUGUCAGAGUCUGAAUAAAUGGAAUGUAAAUUAGCUGCUAAAAACCUCUGCUAUAUCUAUUUUCAGAUUACUUUAAAUGGCUCAUACUAAAUAUAACCAAAUAAUCUUUUAAGCUAUAGUGUGGCAGACCUAUCUAGCAGUAUAAAUUUUGUUGCGUUUUUAUGCUUUUUGCAUCCUUAAUAUCAUAAUGAUUUUUGUUGUUAAAUAACACAACACCACCGCCGCGCGCCCCCCCACCCCUUCUUUGAAUUGCUAUCUUCGAAUGGUUCUUAGGCAUCCAUUAAUAAUUUGGUGCCCACUGAGAGUUAUGAUGCUAACAUUACAAAUAAAAAGACAAGUGGCAGUAAAGUUGUUACGUGAAGCAAGUCAAAGAAAUAACCGGCUUUGGCAUCGUUUAGGCCAGUCCUGCCAUACAUAAUUUUGAUGAAAAAUCCAGCUACCUUGUUUAGUAUAGUAAUUUCUUGAUGUUUACAAGUAAAGUUGCCUUGUUUAUCAGUUAGAAAAAAUAUUGUUCAAAAUAAAAUACUACUUCAUUACUUAAAUGUGAUUGUUUAAAAAAAACCAGUUUCACUUUGCAGGCAGGUCUUGCACUAUUUAAAAAGAACUGUUAUCUUUUCCCAGCUGACAACAAAGCCAUUUAUCUCUUCCCCCAUUUAAUUCAGUGUUGGUAUCUGUUUCUGCUUCAUUUUCUGUCAUGCCAACCUGUGAUCAUUUGUCUCUGGCUGUCACCAGGCCACCAGCUGUUGUCAGGCCAUUUCAAGCCCUCUUGUCCAUCUUUUAACUAACAAUAAAUGUGAAAUACUUGAAAUCACAUUUCCAGAUGUUUAAUGCUAAAACUUUCUAAUUAUGUGAAUAUUUUACUGGUACAAAAUGUAUGUGAUAAUUAUAAUCUUCAUUUAUCUAAAACUGCUCCCUUAACUGUAAUUAGAGAUUCUAUUAUCUUAUCCAGCCAAGUCUCCUUCCUAUAUUGGGAUCUAAAACAUACACUGUCACAUACAUUUGUUCAGGAAAUAACAUUCUACAUUUUUAAAAAUAUUUUAUUUAAUGAAAAUAAUUGUGUGCUCUACUCUAUGUAUUUUAGAGAUUAAGUAAUGUUAGGGACACAAUUUAAAAAUCUACCCAGGGGGGCGGGGCGGUGGUCCUGAAAGGGUUCAUUCUUGAACUCAGUACUGAUUUUAAUUUGUAUUUUAUGUCGAGCAGUGGACAAAAAAGAUGUGCUGCGACUAAAUUAGUAAUUAUAAAAUAGUUUGGGCACUGUUGCAAAGCCUCGCCACAUCAGCAUGCAUGUUGCAACAUACCAGAAGUGUAUUCUUAGCAGAGUUAUUCACUGAGUCAGUACAGUACUUCAUUUCCAUUGCAAACAUUGUUACUCAUAUCUAAACACUCAGUAAAAUGGUCUAUCUGAGCUCAGGACAAUAGGAGUGGGGUAAAAAAAAAAGAUCCAGACCUCAAAAGUUAUUAUUUACACAGUGAUGUACGUAGUGAUUUACGCAGUCAUCUACUUAGUGAAUUUUUUUAAUCAAAUGUACACAUUGUCGUCCAUGUACUUUUUAUUUCAAAUUUUACUUUUCAGCAUUCUGUUCUUUCUUGACAAUAAUUAAUUUUUUUUUUUACAUUUGAACACACUCUUGUUUCAACAUUUUUCAAAUUCAUAGUUAAAUACAUUUUUUUUUUGGUUGUUCAGCUUAAAUAUGACACACAUCUUAGGCUUGCAGUGAUCUUUCAAAAUUUAACAAUCCUUCAAUAUAAAUACAACAUUUCUCAUAUUAAUAGUGGUGCUACCUCUUAGUCAUUUUGAUAUUAAUUUGCUAAUAUGUAAAUGGCACUGUCUUAUUACAAGAGGUUGUCUCCAGAUCAGAAGAUUGUUAAUAUUUUAUUUGUUUUACUUCAUUACAUUAUAACAUGCUUCAGACGUUGAGAUCGAGCCGGCAUCUAGAGUACUUUUUGUAGUCGAGGGAUCCAGGCUAACCGUUGUAUGCUCCAACAAGCUAUUCACCGAACAAAGGCCGAUAUGGUUCAAAGUGAGCUCAUCGCCAGCCACUGUGUAAGAUGUUUCGAAAAGCAUGUUAUUUUCAUUUGCUUAUUUUAAUUGUGGUGCAUGUGUACAGAGUUCUUGGGGAAUUUAUCUGGUUUAUGAAUUGUUUUGUCUAUUGUACCAUUUAGAACAUUACUGAUAGUCAAGAUGGUAUAAAAUAGUAUAUUUGAUGAAGCAAUUUUCUUUCCUAUCAGAUCAAUAUGCACAUUUCUUGGAAUCUUAUCCAAUGUAUUUCCGUGGUGUUUUCAGAACCCUCAUCACCGACCAUCUUAACGGUAAAACAGUGGAGCGAGCUCAGAUGGAGUUUCAGAGUUUCAGCCAAGAUGAUGUUGGCAUAUACAAUUGCUCCUUAAGCCCAACAUCCCAGAAGAUUAGUAUUAACCUCAAGAUGAUUAAAGGUGAGCAUUAGUCUUAUGAUGGUUAAAGGUGAACAUUGAUCUGGUUAAAGGUGAGAAUGAUCACCUAUCAAAAGUUUAGUUGGUUUAAGUAAUAUUUAAAUUUGUCAUCAGUAACAAUUUUGCCUGUAUUUCCUCUCUCUCACCUACAUAUAUCAAAAUUCGCCGUGCUGUCCUUUGGGAUACUGCAUUGCGGCCAAGUGUUUAUUUUAAUUUUAUAAUGUUCUGUUUUUUGUACCAUGAAGAACAAUUCUUCCUGACACAUUCAUUGUUUUUUUGCAUCCUUUCCCCAUACUUUGAUUGGCUCAUUUACUUUCACCAUCAAUAGUAUGUUCAAAGUUAGUUUUAAGUCAUAUUGAAAUUAUCAUCAAUCCAGAGUAUAAAGUUGGGGACCACUUCUACUAUGGUAACAAGACAACAACCCUGUCCUGUCACAUUGAGAUUCAGGAUACUACCGUCACAUUCCUAGAGUGGCAGUACCAACAUGCACCUGGUGACUCACACUUCAAGCUUCAGGAAGGAAACUCCAGCAUUACUAUUGAUAGACCAAGUAAGUUAAAAGGGUAUUUAGAUGUAAUGUGUCGGUAAUCUUGGUCCAACCAAAUAAGUUAAGCAGGUUGUUAUAAAUACUGUGUCAGACAUCUUGGGUAAGCUAAACUUAAAGCUUCAGGAAGGAAACUCCAGCAUUACUAUCGAUAGACCAUCAUCAUCAGUGGCAAUACAGCCCUGUAGGGCCCUGGCCUGCACUACCACAUCCUUCCAUAAGGAUCGAUCCAUGGCCUUCCGCCUCCAUGCGCGAACCCCCAACUGGUGUAAAUCCCUCUCCACAUCGUCGAUCCAUCUCAGCCUUCGGCGACCAGUGAGUCGCCUGCCCCUAGGUUUCUGCCUGUAUAUCACCUUUGCUGCUCUACAGUCCGGCAUCCUUUCAAUAUGUCCUGCCCAGCGCAGUCUGCCUUUUUUAUAUUGUUGCAAAUAUGGGUGGGUCUUUGUACAAUUGGUAUAGCUUCUUCUUCUUCUAUAUCUUAAGGACCCACGAUCAAUUUAUUGAUCAUUUUGGCUCCUAUGCAUCUAGAUGGGAUUUGCAAUGUUUCUGUUCCUGGUGUUGAUGUGGUGUUUAUGAGGAAAUUUCACUGAUUUCCAGUGCCACUUUUUGAGGGAAUCAUGCACUAGGGGUUUGAAGGCUUGAGGCAAUAGCUCUUGGUUUGUACGGAUUCUCCAGAAAUCAUUUUCAUUUUUGGGCCGUAUAUUUUUCUGAGGAUUUUCAUCUCCCAUGUAUUGUGGAGUGUUCAGACCUGGGUGGAACUGGGUGGGGGGAAUCCCCAAGCAGGGCAACCGACCAACUAACCAAAGGUUCUAGCGUAUCAGAUUGCCCCGGGACGACCAUUACGCCGCGGCUUUAUGACCUUUAAGAUUGAAGGGUUUGAGUAAGUUUCAGGUUUUUUUGUAACCAACAAUUAUUUUUCGUGCAUUGAAAUUUUAUUUGGUUCUGGCAUACUUAACAUUUUUUUAAUUCUAAUUCAUUUGCCGUUUAAUUUAGUUUUCUACUUGAUUUUCUAAAUGUUGCAUUAUUUUGAGUUAAUCCUGUCAUGAUUAUGGUUAUUUUGAGUUAAAGCUUGUUUAAUUGCAUCAAAUGUUUUCUUUGGUGCCCUCUUGAUGACCUUUAAGAAUGAAAAGUUUGAGUUGUACUUCCUGUUAAUUGAUUUUUUAAAUGUUUUUACUUUACUUUUCUCUGAUUUUUUAAAUGUUGGAUUAUUCCUUGUUAGCUGAACGUUGCUCGGCCAUAAUGGUCUGAUUGUGUGAAUGUAAGAGGCGCUCUGACUGUGACCCAGAGCUGACUCUGACCUUGACCACAACUGUUUGGAGACGGUGAAUGGGGUAACAGUUGAUUCAAUACGCUUAGAAUUUUAUGAGGGGAGGCGUAAUAGAACCACAAUGUGAUGAUGUCACGUGCACGGUAACUGACCAACUGACCAAAGGUUCUAGCGUAUCUGAUUCCACAGCACGGUAACUGACCAAAGGUUUUAGCAUAUCAGAUUGCCCCGGGACAACCGUUACGCAGCGGCUUUAUGACUAUUUAGACGGUUAAAAUUUAAGUGCCUUAGAUGUGGGAUUAAGAUUAAAGACCUGGGAAGGAAUCUCUAGGGGCGUGGGACUUACAAAAAGGGACCGUUGGACAGGAUCUAGGGAGAACUCAGGCAGACAGGAGAGCGGGCAGUUGGGAGAGCUCCGACAGGUAGGAGAGCUCCGUCAGAUAGGAGUAGAGGACAGUCAUGAACACACAGUGGACAGAGAGACAAAUUAAGGCAGUCAGAGUUGAGUGAGAGAGAGAGAGAGAGAGAGAGAGAGAAGGUGAAUACGAUUUAAAAGACAAAUAAAAGGUCAAGACUAACCAUCACCUGAAUCGUCUGAUUAUUGAAGACACAGAUUGAAGGGUUAACAGAGACGAAACAAGCUUCUCUACAGUAUUGAGAGGGUUCUCUGCUUUUUUGGUAAGAGUCCAAGUCUCACUAGCGGAAGUUACUACUGGUCUUAUGAUAGUAGUGUAUAUUGUCUUCUUUUUUCCCCUUGAGAGGCUUUUGCUUCCCAGUAGCUUUUGUAGGCUGAAAUAGGAACGGUUGCCUGCUGCUAUCCUUUCUUUUAUCUCCGACAUUAUUUCAUUGUGCUCGUUUUUAGUUACACCUAGAUAUUUGAAUGUAGCCACGCUCUCAAAUUUGUGGUUGUUUAUAUUGAUGUUGUCAUCAGCGUGGGAGUUUCGUGACAUUAUCAUAUAUUUUGUCUUCGGUUCAGCCUUGACUGAGGCACUUUCAAGUUCCCCAAAUGCUUUAAUUAUGUCAUUACUGUUUCUACCCUGUAGCGCUAUAUCGUCUGCGUAUGCAAGGUACUGCAAUGGCUGGCUAUAUAAGGUUCCUGAUGGUUGUUAUUCUGUAAUACCUCUGUGGAAGUAGCUUGUUAUGGUGCCACUGGUGCUCACAUGUACGCUUCUAAUAACUUUUUCUAGUGGGAUGUUAAGCAGGAUACAUGAUAGUGAGUCUCCUUGUCUGAGGCCCUUAUUGACUGGGAACUCCUUUGGGUAUUCUCCCUGCACUUUGAUUCUACUUUUGGAGUUAGCCAUCGGCAUAUGUAUGAGCCGAGUAAGCUUGUUGUUAGGGACUCCAAGUUCUUGUAGAGGGUUGUAUAAGUAAUUCCUGUCUACGCUAUCAUAUGCUGUUUUGUAAUCCACAUAUAGUUGGUGUGUGUCGAUUUUAUAUUCGUAACAUUUCUCCAGGAGACAUCUAAUACUAAAUAAAUGUGAUCCAUGGUUGACCAAUUCAGUCGGAAUCCACAUUGAUAGUCCCCUAGGAUCUGUUCACUAUACCUUUCUAGUUUUCUUGCUUUAAGUUUUGUGAGGAUUUUGUACACAACAUUAAGGAGGGAGAUUCCUCAGUAGUUUGAGCAGACCAACUUAGAUUCUUUUUGUGAAUAGGGAUUAUGAGUGCCGUGUCCCAUUCUACUGGCAUUUCUUCUUCCUGCCAGAUUCUAGAUAUGAGGUUGUGUAUUUGCUUAUGCAGUACGUUACCACCUAGCUUUAUCAGUUCUGCAGAGAUAAGGUCUAUUCCUGGGGCUUUGUUAUUUUUCAUGGUGAAGAUCACAUCUUUUAUUUCAUUUAGUGUUGAUUGUUUGACCAUUGGGUCCGGUCCUCCUUGUGGGCGAGCCUGAACCAUUCAGUACGCCUUAAAGUGUUGUGCCCAACUCUCUAGUACUAUUCUGCUCUCUGUGAUCAAUUCUCCACCAUUACUUUCACACAUGUGAGAUCUUGCUUGAAAGCCAUUCUUUUCCUGCUUUAUCUUCAGGUACAUUCCCCUCACAUCUCUUUCUUUUGCCAACUCUUCUAUCUCUGCUAUUUUUUAUUUUUCCCAAGCACUUUUUUCUUUCUGCAAAUUUUGCUAGCCACCCUUCUUUCAUUAAAUAAUUGCAGUGUUAUUCUUGUCUCCCUUUGCAGCAUUAAUAGCCAAGCCUUGUUUCUUUGUUAUAUAAGUUCUUUGCAUUCUAUGUCAUACCAUCCUGUUCUUUUCACUUUCGGCUUAAAUCCAAUCGUUUCCUCUGUUACACUUUUUACUAUUUGCUUCAUCUUUUCCCAUUGCUGAUUUAUAUCAACGUUGCUGGCUGAUUCUCUUUUGGAUAAUUCUAGUUGAGUUUCAAUGUUCUGUUGAUAUUCCUCAGUAAUUUUUGGGUCCCUACUCAGUUUCUGACUAUUCUACUGUUUUUCUCUUUUAUUUUGUUUAUUGUGGAUAUUACAAAUUCUUUGUUUAUAUUUGAUUUUUACAAGUCUGUGGUCUGAGUCUAUGUCCGCCCCUUUACAACUUUGCACAUCUAAUAUGUCAGAGCCAUGCCUCCGAUCAUUGCAUACGUGGUCAUUUGGUUUACAGGUAAAUCCAUCUGUCAUUUCUUUUCCUGAAGCGAAGUCUAUAAGACAUGUUCCUUUGUCAUUGCUCUCAUCAUGCAGGCCUUCCUUUCUGUAUACACCUUAGUACUUAGGAUAUCCAAGUCUUUCCAUCUGAUCUCCUGCAGUACAGCAACCAGGAUUCUAUAUCUCAGCAAUUCAUCACUGAGGCGAGCCAAUGCUCCAGCUCUGUAUAAACUAAGUACAUUCCAGGUCGCUAUCCGUAUAUCAUAUUUUGGUUCAGGCAUGGGUCGAAAUUAUCAGUCUGUUUUUUUGUAUGUGAUUUAGCUUUUGUAACAUUUGCUUUUUUACGUGGCAGGGUCAUCAGCCCUGCGCACAACCGUCUGGGGGUAUGCCCCUUGCAGCUCUCAGAGUAGCUGCCUUUGUAUUGGGUUGGGUCCCUAGCCUAUGUGGAUCCCUCCACUUUCUUCAAGGCAGUGGGUACUGAUUUUGGUCCGUCCCAGGUAUUUUAUUUCCUUAGUACCUGCCAUAUCUGGUGGGCUUUCCCCUAUUCGCCGCCUAGGGAGGCGCUCUAUAGAAGAUAUGAGGAGACUAUUGAUAGACCAAGUAAGUUAAAAGGGUAUUUAGAUUUUUUUUUUUGCAGGCAUAUGUCCGUCACAAGUGACAAUGGCAUGGACUUCGCAGGACGAAAUCCACAAGGACUGGGAUUAUUCUUCAAAGAUUAUAAGCUGGUUCUUAACAGUAAAUCUCCUCUCUUGAGGCCUACCGAAUUUCGGCUUCGGUUUCGGCGCCGAAAGUGGCCAUUUUAUCACUUUCGGCCAAUUUUCAGUUUCGGCAGAAACUGGAAAGUUAACUUUCGGCUUAAUUUCGGUUUCGGCCGAAAGAGAAAAGUUAACUUUCGGUUUUUCUUCGGUUUCGGCCGAAAUUGACUUAGACUUUCGGCCAGUGAAAGUGACUCAGGUUUUCGGUCAUUUAAUACUAAGCAAAAGCGAUAUUUAACAACAAACUAAGCGACAUUUAAGAACAAAAUAAGCGAUCUUUGAGAACAAACUAAAUGAUAUUUAACAACAAACUAAGCGACAUUUAAAAAAAACUAAACAAUCUUUAAAACAAACUAAGCGAUCUUUAAGAACAAUCUAAGCGAUCUUUAAUUACAAACUUAGCGAUUUUUAAGACAGAACUAAAUGAUCUUUCAGAACAAAACAAAUGAUCUUUAAUGAUUUAUAAUAAUAAACUAAGCGAUCUUUGACAGAAGACUAAAUGUUCGUUAGGAACAAACUGAAAGAUCUUUAAGAACAAACUAAUUGAUCUUUAGGAACAAAAUCAAUUAUUUUUAAGAACAAACUAAACGGUCUUUAACAACAAACUAAACGAUCUUUAACAACAAACUAAGCGAUCUUUAUGAACAAACUAAACGGUCUUUAACAACAAACUAAACAAUCUUUAACAACAAACUAAGCGAUCUUUAACAACAAACUAAACGAUCUUUAACAACAAACUAAGUGAUCUUUAACAACAAACUAAGUGAUCUUUAAGAACAAACUAAGCGAUCUUUAAGAUGAAACUAAGUGAUAUUUUAGAACAAUCUAAGCGAUCUUUAUGACCAAACUCACCGAUCUUUAAGAACAAACUAACCGAUCAAUAACAACCAACUAAACGAUCUUUAAAAACAAAUUAAGUGAUCUUUUAGAACCAUAUUUUUUAGAGACUCGGUUUAAAAAAAUAGUAUUUUGCAUUAAUUUCCCCUCUUCCCCCCCCUCCCCAAUUUUUGCCAAAUUUUCUACUACCAUACAAAUUAAAAAAAAAUGUAAAGCAAUUUAAAUUACUUUUAUAUUAAAAUGGUAAAAUCCAAAGUAUUCAAUUAGAUCAGGGGUCUCAAACUCAAAUUAUGGGGCUGAAUAAGAGUGGGCCGCAUCAAAUAAUCCACAAAAAAGCGAUUACAACUGUUACAAUCUGGUCAACCUUUAUAAAUAACAAUGAAAUAAUUAAGGGAUCUCAAGAACUACUCACUGUUGCCAGAGACCUGGCAUACUAAAAUAUAUACAGUCAUUAAAAAAAAAAAUCAGAAUUAGACUAGUCGGUGAGAUCGACUGAAACCGUCGUGGACAGUCACGUUAUAUAUAUGAGAAUGGGGGAAACGGGCCGGCGCAUUUACACUAAACUUUUCUGUCAUGUAGCGGGCCGCAAAAUAUCGUCUUGCAGGUCACAAAUGGCUCGCUGGCUGCGAGUUGAGACCCCUAAAUUAGAUGUUUAUUUAUUAAUAUUUACGAUUAUCUCAUUUUUAUUAAAAGAAUGUAAAUAUUUAUACUUUCCCACAUCAUUUUCGAUGUAAGCAGAAUGUAUGCGGGAACGAAUUGCAAAAUAUCUUAAUAUUUCAUUUUCGGCUUCGGUUUCGGCCAAAAUUCAUUUUUAACUUUCGGCCUAUUUUCGGCUUCUGCCAAAAUCAGAAAAUCACUUUCGGUCGGUCUCUACUCCUCUCUCCAUGCCGCUGAAUAACCCAAGGGAACUUCAUGUUUGAAUUCAGAGUUUCCUUCUCUUAGAUGAGUUGCCAUCCAAGGUUAACAAGUCCCAUCCACCCGGGGUGCUGGUGAUGUUUUUGCUUGACUGGGCUUUGGUGGGGAUUGAACUCCAGACCAUUUCGGAUUUGCUCAGUUUAGACCACUCAGUAAUCUUGGUCCAACCAAAUAAAUUAAGCUGGUUGUGAGAAAUACUGUGUCUGACUUCUUGGGUAAACUAAAAACUUGUUGUUUACAUUUCACUUCACACUGAAGUUUCCUCGAUCUUAAGUAGCGCUACUUGUAUCGUUUUAUGUAUUUGCUCAUCUUUGUUUCCCUUUCCAGCCCGUGAGGAUGCUGGCGUGUACAAUGCCAUAUUUAAGAUAAAUCAACCUGGAUUUGAGGCCAUCAACCAUACUUGCAGUGUUGAGUACACAGGUAUGCUGUAUUGUAGAUUGUCCAGCAUACUUGCAGUGUUAAAUGCAUUGGGUUAAUUGUGGUCCUAUGAGCAGUGUGGGUGAGGACCAAUGGAAAUCUGCAUGUAAUACAACAAAUAUUUACAUUAAAAAAUUCCCAAAGUUGUUCCCACAUUUGUUAUAUUUUCUCCCAAAUUUUGUGAAAGGCUGAAUGCCCUUAGAUUACAUCAUGCGACAUGAUUAGAGUUAAUUAAAAAUUAAACUGAGAAAAUUCUGGCCUAAAGGUAUACAACACUUCUUUCCUACCUAAUAGAAAGAUACUCUGCAUUUAUUUAAAUAGCUGGCCCCCUCGUGCUCAACAUGAAGCGCUCGAAGAAUUUGGAUUUGAAUGAAGACCUUCAUCUCAUCUGUGAGAUCCUCGGCUAUCCCCCAGCGGUGGCCAAGUGGGUUCGAAACAGUGUCGUCAACAUCACACAGGAUGAACGCACCGAGAUUAAGGAAUACAAUGGCUACAAGGGAGCAGAACUUGUUAUCAAGUCUAUCAAAUAUGAAGGUGAGAAUAAUUCAAUGGCUACCAGGGGGUGGUGAGGUCAACUAGUCAGCAAGUCUGUCAAAUAUGAAGGUGAGAAUAAUUCAAUGGCUACCAGGGGGUGGUGAGGUCAACUAGUCAGCAAGUCUGUCAAAUAUGAAGGUGAGAAUAAUUCAAUGGCUACCAGGGGGUGGUGGGGUGAACUUGUCGCCAAGUCUGAAAAAUAUUAAGGCCAUAAUAAAAAUUCCCCCCCCCCCCGUUUCCAUUUCUUUAGCUUUGCAAUACCAUAAAUAAUCUAUCCUAAUUAUUAAAUUGAUUUUUAAAUUGUAUUAGUCUGUCUGUGCCUAAUUUUAUUUCAACGUAGUAUUGUGAUGACCACCACAUGUCUCGCCUUUUUUUUUUCUUUGACAUUGACGUCACUAUUAUGUGUAGUGCUGUACCAGCUGCCCAUCCCUCCCUUGUUUGGGAAAAGGAUACUUAAUUUCGAUCUAAAGAAUGCUUUCAGGGGAUGCAAUUUCUAGAAUUACUCAUUUGAAUGGUUCUUAACACUCACUCCCUAUGGAUAAGCCUUCUGGGAGAGAUUUUUAUUUGCUUAUUUUCCUAGACAUUUACAAGACGUACAUAGGAGCCUUACAAGAUUGUCCUCUUUGUAUGUGCGUGUACAAUUAAAUUGAAAAUCGUUAGUAUCACUAGCUGUAUUAUCGUUGUUCUUUUUAUACAGGUUUUCAGUCCUUUAUGAACGUAUCGUUCAACAAACAAGCGAAAUCUUUAAAAAAAAAAACUGAUUAAAUUAGCAAAACCAUAUUAUGGUGCAUAGCAAAAUUAAAAUAUGUUUUCUUUGCUCAGUUGUUUAUCAAGUCAAAGAUGAGAAAGGGGCCAUUCUUAUUACAUAAGUACUGAGGGGGAAUAUGACUUUUUGUGUACAGGUGUAUUGGGGCCGGGGUCUCAGUAUAGUAUGUGUGUGCAUUUAUGCACAAUUUCUGCAGUAAUUACUCUCCAAUUGUAACCGUCCAUAAACAGCUUAUUUAUGUUUCUAAUAUAGCCGACUUUUGCCCACAAACCUUUGAUUUCUAAUUAUUUUUAAGGGCUCUAAAGGUGUCACAGCAAUAUGUGGUCAUUACCUUCAUAAUGUUGCUUUUCAUUUUUUUAAAAGAAUUUGCUUCAUAUUGCCACAGUCAUCUUUUGCCUAGUUGUAACUUUAGUCCACUUGGGAAGGUUCCAUGCCUGUGAUGUAAUCUUUAAGAUAACUACAGUGCUUAUCCAAGUAUAGGCCGCUCCAGAUUAGUUACGGUGUUUAAAAUAAUGGAUUUAGAAAUCAAGAAGUAGGCCGAAACCUUCUUCACCCUCCCAGACUUUUGGGGAGAUCUAAGACAUUGGAGAUUCAUAUAAGACCUGACACCAAGACAUAGUAGAAUCAAACACCCAAAUAAAUAUAUGACAUGAGCUGAUAUUUCUUGUGUAAUAAAUUAGAUUAUUUACUAUAAUUACAGCUUUCAAUUUAACGCUGGUGCAAACAUGCAUAGUGACGCUACCCGUGGCAGAUAGUAUAGAAUAUCCAGCCGUGAACGGACAAAGAAUUAUGAUUUGUGGGGAUGAAUCCGAUAGUGGAUGGACAGAUAAAUAUGACUGGUUGACGGUGUAUGGACAGACAGUCACCUAGUUUUUUUAACAGAUUUGAAAAUUAUACAUUAUUUUUACAAAUUAGAGCUUUUAUUGUAAAAGGAUUUGGGCAAUUUCCAGGAAUUUCAUUUUAUCAACUGACACCAAUAAAUACAUUAUCAUAUCCAUACAUGGUCAAACUGCCCUUUACUUAGUAGAUAGGAUAAUCAUACCCCCAAAAUAUAUGACAUAGGAAAUAUGGCAUAAGAAAAUCCUAUGAUAUAGGAGAAUCUCAUCUAAUGAUCUGACUUUCUUUCAGAGGCUGGGAACUACACAUGUAUUGCAUAUUCAGCUGAAUUCAUGAACUCAUCCUCCAAGUCUAUUACAGUGAGAGUCAAAGGUAGCUGGUCUGGAAUUUUUUAAUUUGUAAAAAAUGAUAAUAAGUUUGGAUUCCAUGAUAAUUGAUGUUAAUAGAAGAUCUCUUCUCUUUUAAGCCUUUCUGUUAUAAAAAGCACUUUGACAAAAUGCUAGUGAUUUACCCUUAACUGCACAUGAGUUUUGAGCCGUACAAGUUUCGAAUACCAUACUACUUUGAUAAACCAGAAAUAUUUCUUUUCACGUCGCCGAUAAAGAGAUGUUUGGGUAAGUAAAGAGUAAAAUAUAGUAAAUAAUUACUUGAAACUAGUUUUUAAUUGUGAGUUAAUCAUUAUAAAUAGAAAACUACUUGUUUACUUGUAUAAAAUGACUUUGUAACUUUGUAAUGUCUAAGUCUUAACUGAAUAAGCUGAUUUUCAAUGGUUUUUACUCUUAAGUGAGGAACAAGUCUUUUUAAUUAUAGCUAGGCAGUCUGUAACUUUUUGUUAAAGAUUUAAACUAUUUUUUAAAGAUUUUAACGUUAAGUUCACUUUAAAUUUAAUUAUGGAGUAGGUCUUCUAAAUUUAAAUAGACAAAUUUAAUUAAUUUAUUUUGUGAUAUUUUUGUGUAGUGUAAUUUACCAGGUUAUGGCUUCAUUAAAAAGUUAUUAAAACUAGUUGAUUUAAUACACCCAUUCAGUGAGCCCAUAACUGUAUUUAGUUAGUUUUUAUGUAUAGUUAUGCACUCCUGUGCUCUGGGUAUAUUUUACGGUAUAAUACUAUUUAUUUGUUGGGGGGGGGGGGUGGGGGGGGGGAGGCAACUUUGAUAACAAAAAAGAAGGGGAAAAUCCUGACAAUGCUGUUUCAUAUGCCUAUCUUAGUUCCAUAACUGUAUUUAGUUAGUUUUUAUGUAUAGUUAUGCACUCCUGUGCUCUGGGUAUAUUUUAUGGUAUAAUACUAUUUAUUUGUUGGGGGGGGGGGGUUGGGGGGGGGAGGCAACUUUGAUAACCAAAAAGAAGGGGAAAAUCCUGACUAUGCUGUUUCAUAUGCCUAUCUUAGUAUCUCCUCUGACUCUGUGUUACUGUAGUUUAGUAGGGAUAUAAUAUAGUCUGUAUGAUGUAUGGCUUACUAUAAAUUAUAAACCUAAUAUAAUAUAUUUUAUUUUGUUUCCCUAUUCAGGAUCUAGGCCCAAUAAAUAAUUCCCAACAGUUCCUUUAAAAUUUGAUGGUCAGAUCAGCAAUUAUUAUAAUGAUUGAACAAGUCAUCAGUGCUACACUAUACUGAAAAUAUUGAUAUCAAGUAUUCAAAAGGAAAAUGUUUAAAAAUGUCAAUCAUCUGAUGAGACUUCAUCUAUCUAGCUUAAAUUCAGCCUUAUCACAUAUCUUAGGUUUCCACUUCUGCAACUGCUCAGUCAAGCUCCCAAAGCAUGUGUCAAAAUAUGAAACCCUCAUUGGAAAAAUUUUAUAGAAACUAAAGUGUUGUUUCAAACUAUCCAUUUUCAUCAUAAAGAAGAGAAAAUUAACUCCAUAUAAGAAAUGAUGCUUUCCACUUGUGGUAGCUAUAGGUAUGUUCUAAAAUGCCCUGGAGAACACAUUGCAAACAGUUGCCCUUGCACUUUAAAAGUAAACGUCAACAAUUUUUCAAGUCUAAGUAAAUUAAACACUUCGAAUUGCUAAGAAAUUUAAUAAAUAUUUACACACCUUAAUUGCUUAAUUUUGUUCAUUUGUUUUGUAUUUCAAUGUUGUUUUUGCUUUAUAUAUUAUAAACAAAAACGUUGUGUUGCGAUAGUCGGGAAUUUUUUUGUUGCGAAAAAGUAGGGAAUUUUGUUUUUAAAAGAGUGGGAACCCUGUGCAAUGCAGUGACUUAUUUCAUAUUGUCAGCCUGAUCUUGCUGCUAUGAAUAGUUGGAAAUUAAAAAUUUGGUAAGUUUUAACUCAAGUGGAUUGUCUUAAGUCCAUUGACAGGACAUUUAUUUAAAAAACACAUAACUGAUGCUUGGGGUCUUUGAAAGAAAUCUUUGAAAUGAUACUCAACACGCACCCCUGGGUAAGAACCUCUGAUUUAAAACUGUAUUUGUUUCUACGUCAACAGAUCCCCUUGCCUGGGUCUGGCCGUUGGCUGGCAUCGCGGCCGAGAUUGUCCUCCUGGCACUCAUUAUUCUAAUCUGCUCCAAGAUUCAAAACAGGAGAAUGAAAAUCAAUGAGAAUGAGCCGUUUAAGUAGGUUGACGCUCCCAAUGUUGACUUUAUAAAUAUAGUAUUUAAUCUAAUAUUAUUAAAUCUUUUUGCUAUGUUGAUGUAAAUUUCUGUAUCAACAAUAAUUUACUGUGAUGCUAAUACUACUAUAACACACCAUCUGAAUUGCACAGGAAGGAUGCAAUGAAAUUAAUAUAAAUACUUUUAAAUGCAGAAAGUUAAAUUUAUUAAUGAAAUUGAGAGGUGUGUACGGUGUUGGGGGAAAGGGGUUAAAAACUACUGACACUUCAGUUAUAAUCAAAAUAAUUUCAAUUACCUUUUUUUUCCCCACUUUGCAAGUUUGGGCGCCUUAAAUCUCUGUGGCACUCCUCAUUUACAAUCACAAAUCAUCCUCUACCUCAACUCUUCCCACCUCAUUUCAAGUAGGUAACUCCGACAUACAGUUUACACCCUCUGCUAGGAAUCUUGGUUAUAUUCUUUCUAACAACAUGUCUCUCGAUAAACAUAUCUCUCACAUUUGUCGUUCGGCAUACACCGCCAUCCGUCAGAUCAGCUCCAUCCGCCACUACCUGACAGUUAGCGCAACAAAAACUCUAGUCUGUGCUCUUGUUCUCUCUCGUCUUGACUAUUGCAACUCACUUCUGUCAGGUUCACCCAAACAUUUUAUAGAAAAACUGCAGAAAGUUCAAAACUCUGCUGCUAGGCUUGUUCUUAAGGCAAAAAAACGUGAUCACGUCACUCCACUACUCCACUCACUACAUUGGCUCCCUAUACAGGCACGCAUUGACUACAAGCUGUCUCUUCUCUGUCACAACUUUUUCUCGGAUUCCUGCCCUUCCUAUCUAACUGAACUUCUUUCUGUCUAUUCACCCCUUCGACAACUUCGCUCCUCCGCAGACUCGCGUAUUCUGUCCGUUCCCAAGACACGCACUAAAUUAUAUGGUGAACGAUCUUUCUCUUUCUGCGCCCCCAAACAAUGGAAUUCUUUGCCACUACACAUCCGCAAUAUAACAACCACACAGGCCUUCAAAACUGCACUCAAAACACAUCUAUUUAAACUAUACUACUCUGACUGAUUCUCCUCCUAUAAACCGAUAAACGUACAUGGGUUUCCUUGUAAAAAUGUCUGGUGUGGGUGGAUGAAUAGACCUAUGGUGUUGUUUUGCUUAUAUGUUGUUUUUAUUUCAUUUAUGUAUUUUAUUUUAAUAUUAUGAUUAUGCCUCUUUGCUAUAUAUGUACAGCGCGGUGAGCCCAGCCCUAGGCCGGGGUACCGCGCUAUAUAAGACCACUUAUUAUUAUUAUUAUUAUUAUCGGCACUGACUGAAAGGGCCACGUGUGUUUUAAUGUAUUCCUUACCUACUUGAUGCAUUUCAAGUUGAGGUGUCCUCAUAUUUUCUAAUUCAACUCUAUCCACAGACGAGGAGGCUCUCGUAAGCAAGGGGAAAAGUAUGAGUAAGGCAGAACAGCUCCACCUUCUAAUUAUCUCAUGUUGCAUGGUGCUUCCUUGUUUCCCAAGCAAUGGCCACAGUUAUAGCAAUCAAGUUUACUGCUUAUCAUCAUCUAUGUAACUACUUAAUUGUCAAAAUGCAACAUUUUUUAAAGUCAGUAUUUUUAGUGGCACACACCCCCUUGUGUUACAUUUCUGGUCUUCUUAUCAUGUUUUUUUUUGUGUGUGGCUGGAUCAGCCAGGUCACAUUGUGACAGCCCUGUGUUUAUUUUGAGUUUACCAUCCAGUUGUUGUAGCAAAAGGCUUGAUCAGCCAGGUCACAUUGUGUCAGCCCUGUGUUUAUUUUGAGUUUACCACCCAGCUGAUUCCUGAAGUAAUUUAAGCAAAGGAACAAAAAAAUUAUUAUAUUUGUUUUGUGGGGUGUGUUAAGCUCUUGUGUUACCCAAACCCUAUCAAUCCAUUUCUGGGGCCAUGUAGUAAAACUCAACUAUCAAGAGGUGAAGCUGCAGUAUCUUUUAGUGAAUCUUAGAGUGUCAUGUGGUCAAACUAACAUGUGGAUAUUAUGAAAGUUAAGCAUCCAAUUCGCUCUUUAAAAAGUCGUAUUUAAAUUUGAUAUUCAAAUGUCAUAUUAAAAUGUUCAUCUUCAUAGCAUUCAUUCUUUUUUUUUUUUUUUUUUUUUAAAGUUAAAGUUAUUAACAUGUGGAUAUUAUGAAAGUUAAGCAUCCAAUUCGCUCUUUAAAAAGUCGUAUUUAAAUUUGAUAUUCAAAUGUCAUAUUAAAAUGUUCAUCUUCAUAGCAUUCAUUCUUUUUUUUUUUUUGUUAAAGCUAAAGUUACUCUGCUGAUACUACUACUAUUUGGAUUGUGUUUUAUUUGAAGUAAGACCGUAUGUUAGGAUUAGAUGCAGGAAUUAAUUCCUGCCUUAGCACUAUUUUUUUUUUUUAUUUGUAUACAGAGAAAAAAAUAUCAUAAUUACACACCCCCUCCCCACCUUUGAUAGUUUGGAGAGUUGAAUCAAAUGGUUGGUGUCCCUUGCAUUGUGGUACUUGUUUCUUGCAUUUGUUUCUGUUUGAAUGACAUUCUUAUGAGUGCAGAUUUGAGAGUGGAAAAAAAAGGUGGGGGGGGGGGGUGUAACAUGCUCCCCUAA